ACAACCCACGCUGCCAGUACACCCUGCAGGCAAGGAGUUUGGAUCAGAAGAGAGAAUGGACCCUUCAAUUAAAGAGGGUCAUUUUGGAGAACUACAGCGCUGCCAUCCCUGCCCACGCCCGCCAGUUAGUGAUGCAACUAGGCCAGAAUGCUGCUGGCGGGGAGAGCGGGCGCGGGGGAGGUCGGAGAGGCGCCCACCACGCCCCUGAGUACCUGGAGAGACGGAAGGCGGACAGAGAAAGGCGGAGGUCGGCAGAUACUGUGCUAAGUGCAACCAGACUCAAGUUGAGAAGGUCAAGUCGGGCCAGGAAGGUCAAAGAGGAGGAGAAGGGGUUCCGCAGCAGGAGUGUCAGCCGAACGAGGGAGACUGAGGAAGAGGAGGAAGAGGAGGAGGAGGAGGAGGAAGAGUACAGGAAGACCUCCACAGCCUCUACCCCUUCCUCCUUCGAGAUGCCUAAGCUUCGUCUUGGCAACAUGUGGGGGAGGAGGAGGAGCGAGCCCGGGGUGAUGGGGAGGGAGCGACGCCCCCCCACCACCCCCACCACCCCCACCACGCCCCACCAGCCCAGCACCCCAGCCACGCCCCCCACGGAUCCCAUCUCCCCUCGCCUGCCGCCCCCGCUUCCCCUCACGCCGGAGGUGUCGGUGGACGGCCUCUCCACGUCAGAGUUCGAGGUGGAGGAGGCGGAGGAGGAGGAGGACGAGGGCGGCGGGGGCGCGGGAGGCGGCGCGGGCGUGCAGCGUGGCGGCGAGAACCUGGAGGAGAUCGUGGGUGGCCUGCUGCAGCACAGCCUGCGCCUGCAGCGCCUGCUGCUGAGCAAGCCGCGCCGCCGCCGCGCCAUGCACCACUACCUCACCUCGGACAGCGAAGGCGACGAGGCGCCGCCCCCGCCCCUCGCCGCCCCCAGCCCGCCCCCCGCCCCCGCCGCCCGCCGCCCAUGACCUCGGGGACUACGUGGACUUCUACUUCAGUGGCGCGGGAGGCGGCGCCCCUGGCAGGGGGGGCGCCUCCAGCAGCGACGCCUCCGCCUACAGCAGCGCCCUCAGUGUGGUGCCUCCCCGCGGCACCCCCGAGGCGCCCCCCUGGGCCACGCCGCGCCGCAGCCCCGAACACUGGGGGCGGGGCGAGGCGCGCUCCGCGGGCCUGCGCCGCGCCCAGUCCUUCUCCGUGGACACUGGCGGCGGGGGCGAGGAGGGCACCGCGCCCGCGCCGUGCCGCACGCCGCCGCCAUGCCCCGGGGGUGAGGUGUGGGUGCGAGGGGGGCGGGGCCGCCCCGCCACCAUCGCGCUGAGCGGCAGCAGCAGCGAGCUGCGGGCGCUGCAGCACGCCCUGGCCACGCCGCCGCCCGCCGCGCCUCCUGACGACACAGACGCCUCGCUGACGCCGCCGCGCAGCCUGGAGGACCUGGCCGGCCUGCACCCCGCCCACCGCAUCUACCGCGCCCCCCCCCGCCCACCACACGCCCCCCUCGCCCUCCUCCCCGGGGGGCGCCGGGUCCACGGGCACGCUGCGCGCCGCACUGGGGCGCCUGGCCCCGGCGGGCGCGGGGGGCGUGGUAGGCAGCGUGGCGCGCCAGUGCUCCCGUUCCCUGCGCGCGCGCAUCCGGCAGAUCCGCGCCGAGGAGCCCCCGCCGCCCCCCAUGGCGCGGCAGGGCAGCGCGGCGCUGGGGGCGCGGCUGGCGGGGGGCGGUGACGGGCAGGACCACUACGCCACGCCCCUGUUGCUGCGCCCACGCCCGCCCCGGGACUCCCUGCUGUCCUCCGCCUCCUCCUCCGCCUCCUCCUCCGCCACGCCGCCCCCCGCCCCCCAGGCCGCCCCCUCUCCACCGCCCCCCUCCUCCCCAGACAGCGAGGGGGGCGCCUCAGGCGACUCCUUCUACGAGCGCUGCUUCGAGACCUCGGCGGUGGCGGCGGGCGAGGGCGAGGGGGGCGAGGGGGAGGGGGAGGGGGAGGAGGAGGGGGGCGAGGACCCCUUCAGGGACAGCGCCAUCUACAGCGACCCUGACGACGACCAGGCGCCCCCCGCCACGCCGCCCCCCACCACCCCCCACCACCCCCCGGUGACCAGGAAGCCCACGCCCUGCCCCGCGACCACCCCCCGCCCCCCUCUCCACGCCCCCCGGCCCCGCCAAGAAGGUGCCUCCCCCAGUGCCCGCCAAACCUGACGCUGUGCGGGCGCGUGGGCGAGCUGCACCCCGCCCCGCCCCCCCUGAGCCCCACCACGCCCCCCGGGAUGGACAGUGGGGGGUCAACGCGCCCUCCCCCAAGGUCCUCCUCCGCCCCUCCAAGGCCGCGCCCCAUGCCUGAGAGCCCGGGGGGGGCGGAGGAGGGGCAGGUGGCCAGGGGCUGGGUCAGGCACGUCAUUGGUAGACUGCAGGCUGGGGGGGGGGAGGGCUGACACACACACACACACACACACACACACACACACACACACACACACACACACACACACAUUACCUCAUAUCCUGACAAGAAAAGAAAUCUCUCUCUCUCUCUCUCUCUCUCUCUUCUUUCAAAUCUAUUCUGCAUUUUAACUCCUCCUCCUCCUCCUCCUCCUCCUCCUCCUCCUCCUCCUCCUCCUCCUCCUCCUCCUCCUCCUCCUCCUUUUCCUUCUUAGAGAGAGAGAGAGAGAGAGAGAGAGAGAGAGAGAGAGAGAGGGGGGGGGAGAGGAAGAAAUCUUUAAUAACUAGUCAAGAAAAUUAUUAUUAUUAUUAUUAUUAUUAUUAUUAUUAUUAUUAUUAUUAUUAUUAUUAUUAUUAUUAUUUUACCGAGUCGAGGCCAAAAAAAAAUUAUAUAUGUAAUAAUUAAGUAAUUCAUAUGUAACUGUGUGUAAUGGAUUAACUGAGAAAUUAUUAUUAUUAUUAUUAUUAUUAUUAUUAUUAUUAUUAUUAUUAUUAUUAUUAUUAUUAUUAUUGUUAUUAUUGUUACACCAGCUAUGCAUUUUCGUAUGUGUAAUCUUGUAUAUGUAAUUAAGUAAUCCCCUGUACAGUUUCUAUACGUCAUUGUAAUACUAUUAAUUACAAAUAUAUAA